AUGAAGAGCAAGUGUACACCACUGACGGGCCUGUGUACCAUCCUACUCCUGGCCAAUGUUGCCCUCUCCAUCUUCCUCCUGGCUUCUCGAGGCUGGGUGCGAUACGAACUGGGCCAGUAUACGGGGCGCUUCGGCCUGUUUGACUACCAGCUCAACGGCAAUACACGCGACUAUGGUGACGACCAACCCAGCUUUUCGGUGGCUACGCUCAUGGUCGCAAUGAUUGCCUUGGCCAUAUUCCUGGACGUUCUGGUGCUUGGCAUGGUCUUUGUCGCCAACCUGAGUCAUGCACCUUCUCUCAUGUGGACGCUCGGCAUGACGGCGGCCUCGACAUUUCUCAAGACAAUCAUCAUUGUCGUGUUUGGAGAGUGGUAUCGCACCAGCAGCGCCAGCGAACUCUUGCUCGUUGGCGACUUUUACGUCGGCCCCUGCUACAUUCUCGCCCUAGUCUCUUCUCUGACCAGCCUACUGCUCAUCUUUCUCAUCUUCAAAACCCGCUAGCCACAGCGCUGUGGGUAGUACGACAGUCUCAUGGCCUCUACGUGCUUCCUCGCCGUCAGUGACGUACACGCUGAGUCAAGCAAGCUCGUUCCUAAACGGCACUCGCGCGUGGCGGGCACAGGUGGGCAGCAGGAAGAUGGCAAAAAAUCUUUAAUAUCACGAGUAACCGUCUCUGCUAAAAGUUAAUUAAGAGUAUUAUUU